CGCCGGGCCGGCUCCGCCGCCAUGGCCGCGGUGCCGGCGGAGCGGGAGCGGCCCCGGCGGCGGGAGGAGCGGGCCGGGGGCGCGAAGCGGCCGCGGCGGGAGGAGCCCCCUCAGGAGCCACCGGAGGGGCCGGGAGAGAGCCCGCGGGAGCCCCCGGCCGAGCCCGGGUACCUGGCGCUGGCCCGCGGGCUGCUGGCCGGCAGCGCCCCGGCCCGCCUCAGCCCGGCGCCCGCCCGGCCCGCCGGGGAACCCGCGGAUGGGGAACCCGGAGAUGGGGACGAUCUGCUGGGGCAGCUGAUCCGAGACCUGGUCUCUUCUACAGCUACUCUUCAUUUAAACUUGGACCCUUUGCAGCACCAAAGCAGGAAAAAGAAAAGCAGGAAUGAAAUCAAUGAGGUUCCUUUUUUCGACAUGCAGCUGCCUUACGAGCUGGCACUGAAGAUAUUCCAGUACCUGGGCAAGGCUGAGCUGGGAAGGUGUGCUCAGGUCAGCAGGACGUGGAAAAUCCUUGCAGAAGACGAAGUGUUGUGGUACCGGCUGUGCCAGGAGGAGGGAUACCUGUUGGACAUGAGCAUCUCUGACCAUUCCUGCUGGAAACUCGCCCUCAAAAACUGCAGGGCCAGAGAGCACAUGCUGAAAACCAACUGGAAGAACCGCGUGGGUGCCGUCAGCCAGCUGCACUACGAGCCCGGCCGCGUCCUGUGCGACGUCCACUGCUGCGACGGCGUGGUCAUGGCAGGGUACAGCUCAGGGGAGGUGAAGCUGUGGGACACCCGCACCUGGGACUACAGAGCCCCUGUGCUGGCAGCAGUGCCAGGCCCUGGAGGGGCUGGGGCCCUGCCACAUGUCUCCUUUGUGAGGAUCAACAGCUCCCUGGCCGUGGCUGCCCACGAGGACGGCACUGUCAGUGUUUGGAGCCUGCUGCUGGGCCAGGAGCCCAUCCAUCACUUCCAGCACAACCAGCACAUCCAGGCGCUGGCGCUGGCCCCGGGCGGCGCCGCCGUGGCCACGGCCUCCGGCUUCCAGGUCAGGCUGGAGAGCCCCGAUGACAGAGGGUUCUGGCAAACCCCAGGAACCUUUGAAAUCCAGAAACUGGUCAACUUCCUUAAUCUGGUUCCAGAUGUGACGGGGAGCCCAGUGGCAGUGGCAGCUGCAGAGGACAUUGUCUAUCUCCUGAAAGCAGAAGCUCCUGGCAGGAUUCUGCACUCAGUCUAUGGCCAGCCUGUCACCUGCCUCGACGUGGCUGCUCACGAGGCAGCCUUUGGCAUCAAAACCUUUGGCUGGCUAUUGAAUGAGCCCAACCAGAUCCUCCUUUACAACCUGGAAACAAACCAGUGUGUGACCAAGGUGGGCAACUCCAUGGGUGACUUCUCAUGUGUCAACCUCCACAGCAGCCCCCCCAACAUGCUGGUGGCAGGCAACAAGGACAGAAGGGUGAGGGUGUUCGACCUGCGGCGGGGCGAGGCCGUGUGCUGCCUGCAGGGGCACCAGCUGGGCGUGUGCGCCGUGCGGAUGGACGAGUGCAGGGUGGUCAGCGGAGGGGAGGAGGGGCUGCUCUGCCUCUGGGACCAGCGCAUGGCCACCAAGCUCUGGGAGAUGCACGCCAGACAUCCAGUGCGCCACGUGUGGUUCGAUUCCCAGCGCCUGAUCACUGCCAACAUCCCCGAGGAGAAGAACCCCCGAGGCUCCAGCAUCACCGAGGACGACCCCAGCUUGCACCGAAAGUACCGAGGGGUGAUUUAUUCCUACGAUUUCUCCGUGGACCAGCUGGCCGUGGACAGCGUCCUCCCCAUCUGCCGCUCCUCCUACGAUGAGGUGUCAGGUUACAGCUACAACAUCGGCCUGGCAGUGCCCUACGACAGCAUCUAGAGCCCUCCUCGGCUCUGGGCCAGCCAGGGCAAGGCAAAAUCCCUGUGGGACGAGCACCCUAGAGCUGGUGUGGGCUGCAGAAAGCCCUGGGAUGUGAACCCAAGCAGGGCAGGGCUGCCCUGAGCACCCUGCUGCAAUGUGUCACUCUGGACAUGUGCUGAGGUCCAGCCUGGGGGAGUGGAGAGGCUCAGGAGGGAAAGGAGCACUGCAGGGUGAGCAGAAAUAUUCCUGCUGCUUGUGGGAAAGAUGCAGGGCCCAUCCUGCUCAGGAAGCCAGAGUGGGACACUGAAGGGGUGGCAGCUCUCUGAGGAGUUCUUUCCUACCCCAAGAAGGAAAAAAAUCACCAAGGACUUGGAAAAAGCAUGUGCUGAGCCACAUGUUUGAAAUGUCUGUCCUGGUAUUGAGCUGCUGCUUCUUGUUUUCCUUGGAGUGCAUUGGGAUGUGCCUGGGAACACCAGGCACCAAAGGUUCCAGUGGCUGGGGGAGGGAUUGGGAUGGAGAGAGGGAGGGAAAGGUUCCCUGGGCCAGGCUGGAUGCUUGGGAACUCAGCAGGGCACACACACAUCAAAGUUAUUUUAGAAGAAAUUAUUUUUUUAAUUCUUUAAACUCCUGGAUCAGAUGUUUUCUAAUUGUAUGUGUACAGCUGUCUGUGGAAUUUUGUUCCUGAGCCUUUUAGGGUGAGCUGACCCCUGUUCACUUGGACAAAGGGCUGGCUCAGCUUGGCAGGUGUGCUCUUGGCUGGAUCACGUCCUUCCACAGCACCUGGAGCAUUUUCAGGGCUGUCCUUGCUUCCUAGCUGGGAAUUGAUCAUGGAACAGAGGGGAUCAGUGGCUCCAGUGCCCUCCCUGGGUGCUGAGCCCCAAAGCUGUGGGGGAGCAGCAGGUGGGGGGCAGGAGGUGCUGUUCAGGUGGAAAUGAGGAGUGAGGCUUUACCUUGAGCCCAGGUAGCACUGACAGACAGGUAAAACCAGUUUGGGGAACAAGAGCUCCAGUCCUGCGUGGAUCUUUUUACUGAUUUGAAAUGAUUUUAUUGUGAUUUGCCCUUGUAAACUUACUGAUGCAAACCAGAGCUGUGUCAGUUCUGUUUAAAUUGAGGUUAAGUUGUAACUUGCACCUUUUUUCCUGGGUUGAUGGAAUCAGUGUGAGGUGAGGGAGGGGUGGAGGAAUGUGCCCAGACCUGCAGGAGAGGGGCUGGGCUGGCACUUCCCCCUGGGCAGGCUCUGAGCCCUGUGGACAGCUGGAAUUCACUGCUUUUCCUCCUUGGGCUUGGGGUGCUUUCCCUUGACCCCUUGGCCAAAAUAUCACCGUUUAGGUUUUGAGUUACCUUUUUCCAUGUGAUAGAUACACAAAAAGUGCAAGGGGCAAAGCCAUUCUGUCUGACCAAUAAAUUUAAUCUUUCCUAAA